CGCCCCCGCGGUCCGCGCGGGGCCGCGCCUCGCCGGCUCCUCAGCUUCCAGCCAAGAUGGCGGAGAGCGGCGAAGGUCCGGGCACCGUCCCAGAGCACGAGCGGAUCUUGCAGGAGAUCCAGAGCACAGACACCGCCUGCGUGGGGCCCACCCUCCGGUCUGUGUAUGAUGACCAACCAAAUGCACACAAGAAGUUUAUGGAAAAGUUAGAUGCUUGUAUCCGUAAUCAUGACAAGGAAAUUGAAAAGAUGUGUAAUUUUCAUCACCAGGGUUUUGUAGAUGCUAUAACAGAACUCCUUAAAGUAAGGACUGAUGCAGAGAAACUUAAGGUGCAAGUUACUGAUACCAACCGAAGAUUUCAAGAUGCUGGAAAGGAGGUGAUAGUCCAAACAGAAGAUAUUAUUCGAUGUAGAAUUCAGCAGAGGAAUAUUACUACUGUAGUAGAAAAAUUACAGUUAUGCCUUCCAGUGCUAGAAAUGUACAGUAAGCUAAAAGAACAGAUGAGCACAAAAAGGUAUUAUUCAGCUCUAAAAACUAUGGAACAAUUAGAGAAUGUGUAUUUUCCCCGGGUUAGUCAGUACCGGUUUUGUCAGCUAAUGAUAGAAAAUCUUCCUAAACUCCGUGAAGAUAUAAAAGAAAUCUCCAUGUCUGAUCUCAAAGACUUUCUGGAAAGCAUUCGAAAACAUUCUGACAAAAUAGGUGAAACAGCAAUGAAACAGGCACAGCAGCAGAAAAUCUUCACUGUUACUCUGCAGAAGCGAAAUAAUGUAAAAUUUGGAAAGACUAUGUAUAUAAAUGAUAGAAUUCCAGAAGAAAGGAAUGAAAUUGUAUUGAAACAUGCAUUUGAGGAAGAGGAUGAGAAUGAAGAGGAGGUCUUAACUGUACAAGAUCUUGUUGAUUUUUCCCCUGUUUACCAAUGUUUGCAUAUUUAUUCCGUUCUGGGUGAUGAGGAAACAUUUGAAAAUUAUUACCGAAAACAAAGAAAGAAACAGGCAAGACUGGUAUUGCAACCCCAGUCAAAUAUGCAUGAAACAGUUGAUGGCUAUAGAAGAUAUUUCACUCAAAUUGUAGGGUUCUUUGUGGUGGAAGAUCACAUUUUACAUGUGACCCAAGGAUUAGUAACCAGGGCAUACACUGAUGAACUUUGGAACAUGGCCCUCUCAAAGAUAAUUGCUGUCCUUAGAGCUCAUUCAUCUUAUUGCACUGAUCCUGAUCUUGUUCUGGAGCUGAAGAAUCUCAUUGUAAUAUUUGCAGAUACUCUACAGGGUUAUGGUUUUCCAGUGAAUCGACUUUUUGACCUUUUAUUUGAAAUAAGAGAUCAAUACAAUGAAACAUUGCUUAAGAAAUGGGCUGGAGUUUUCAGGGACAUUUUUGAAGAAGAUAAUUAUAGCCCCAUCCCUAUUGUUAGUGAAGAAGAAUAUAGAGCAAUCAUAAGUAAAUUUCCCUUUCAAGAUCCAGACCUUGAAAAGCAACCUUUCCCAAAGAAAUUGCCCAUGUCUCAGUCAGUGCCUCAUAUUUAUAUUCAAGUUAAAGAAUUUAUUUAUGCCAGCCUUAAAUUUUCAGAGUCACUACACCGGAGCUCAACAGAAAUAGAUGAUAUGCUUAGAAAAUCUACAAAUCUGCUGCUGACCAGAACUUUGAGUAGCUGUUUACUGAAUCUUAUUAAAAAACCUCAUAUAGGUUUGACAGAGCUAGUGCAAAUCAUCAUAAAUACCACGCACCUAGAACAAGCCUGCAAAUACCUUGAAGACUUUAUAACUAACAUUACAAAUAUUUCUCAAGAAACCGUCCAUACCACAAGACUUUAUGGGCUUUCUACUUUUAAGGAUGCCCGACAUGCAGCAGAGGGAGAAAUAUAUACCAAGCUUAAUCAAAAAAUUGAUGAAUUUGUUCAGCUUGCUGAUUAUGACUGGACAAUGUCUGAGCCAGAUGGAAGAGCUAGUGGUUAUUUAAUGGAUCUUAUUAAUUUUUUGAGAAGCAUCUUUCAAGUGUUUACUCAUUUGCCUACUAACAGCAGUGAUCAUGCAGCCAUGUCGGGGAAAGUUGCCCAGACUGCUUGCAUGUCAGCCUGCCAGCAUCUGUCAACAUCCUUAAUGCAGAUGUUACUGGACAGUGAGUUAAAACAGAUAAGCAUGGGAGCCGUUCAGCAGUUUAAUCUAGAUGUCAUACAGUGUGAAUUGUUUGCCAGCUCUGAGCCGGUGCCAGGAUUCCAAGGGGAUACCCUGCAACUUGCAUUUAUUGACCUCAGACAACUCCUCGACCUGUUUAUGGUUUGGGAUUGGUCUACUUAUCUAGCUGAUUAUGGUCAGCCAGCGUCUAAGUACCUUCGGGUGAAUCCAAACACAGCCCUUACUCUUUUGGAGAAGAUGAAGGAUACUAGCAAAAAGAACAAUAUAUUUGCUCAAUUCAGGAAGAAUGAUCGAGACAAACAGAAGUUGAUAGAGACAGUUGUGAAACAGCUGAGAAGUUUGGUGAAUGGUAUGUCCCAGCACACAUAGCCGUCACAUCACUUGCACUCAGUGAUGCCAACUCCGUGACUCAAUGUUGAUCUCUAACAGGCACUGGUCAUGAUACAGAAAAUUGUUUGCAGAAUUAAAAAAUACAAUAGAGAAAAGACACUUGAUGAGAGCUUAGAAACAAGAAAGAAUUAUAAAUAUCAUUUGUAUGGAUUUUUAAAUAAUUGAAUACUAUUUUAUAUAUGGAAAAUGUGACAAUUUUUUUCACUUCUAGGGAAAAAAGGCAAAACUGUAAUAUAUAAAUCAGGUCAAAAAUUGUACAUGAAACUGAUUGUGUAAAUACAUUAGAAGAACUUACGCCUCUAUAGGGUGUUUUUUCUAUUUAGACUUCAAUGAUUGUUCUGGUUGUUUUUUUUUCUUCCCAGCCUCUGGUUUUGGAAUGCAAUCAUGUAUGACAUUUUCCUGACAUUUUCUGACUUUUAGCUUUAAUUUUCACCUCACUAGUACUAAAUUGUCUAAUUCUGCUGAUUUUGAGGGAGGAAAUAGACAAAUAUGUAAAGGAACCUGAAAUUGAACUUAACCCAAUAAGAAUGUGAAUUACUUGUUCAACUUGGGUGGUUUAAUCUGAAUAUGAAGAAAAGGUAUUUGGAUUUUCUGAAGAUGCAGUGUUGUUUCUGUUCAGCAGGGUUAAUAUUUCUAACUAUAUUGUUUGUAGCUGACCCCAUUUAUUUGGUUUGGUUUGGUUCAAGUUAGGAGGACAGAAACUAAGUGGGGCUAACCACUUCAGGUGGCACUUGUGCUAGGAGAGACAUACUCCUGCACAUAGAAGUUACCGCAGGGGUCAGGUUACUUUCUUCAAGGCGCAGACCUUGGUGCUGGAUCCUUAUUGUGAAAACAAGCCAAACCAAAAUGAACUCUGGAAAACCUAAAACGAAUGUACCUUUUACUCUGUGUAAAUGACUGUGGUCCAAAGGGUAAUAUCAAUCUGAUCCUUACUUUGUCUUCUUUGUAUUUAUGCUGAAUAAUCCUUUUGAAUUUUCAGAAUUUAUGCCUGUAAGAAACUUAUAUUUGACUCUGUAAAAUAAGUGUAAAGAAUCAUAUGUGCAUUUCUUGAUUUUGUGAUUAAAUAUUAAAAAGGUUGAGCAAGUUGCUGAAAAUUC